AUGCCUCGUCAAUCUCGUGGUUCCGCCCCUCCUCGGCGCCCGACUGCUGCUCCAGCACGACCGGCUGCUCCUCCGCAGCGCCCCCAACAGCGAUCUGCUUCCACUGUGGCUCAUCCUCCGGCUGCUAAGGCUCCGACUGCUGUUCAACAGCAAGCUGCACCACCAGCUCAAUCCGCCGGUCCUGGUCUCUUCGGUCAGAUGGCCUCGACCGCAGCUGGUGUUGCCGUUGGAUCCUCAAUCGGUCACGCAGUUGGCGGGUUUUUCGGUGGCGGUUCCUCCCAAGCGGCACCCGAGGCGGCGCAGACUUCCCCAGCCGAUCCCUACAACACCAACGCAACCCAGCAAGAACAAUCAUGGGGGGCCGCUGGAUCCUGUGAGAAUGAUGCGAAGAGCUUCCGGUCUUGCAUGGAUCAGAAUAAGGGUGACUUGACGGUUUGCGGAUGGUAUCUCGACCAACUCAAGGCUUGCCAACAGGCCGCAAGCCCGUAUUAAUCGUCCUUAUGGACCGCUAGGUUGGUCACAUGGAGGAGAAUGAAAAUGAGCACGUCGUGAAAUCGUACCAAGCAUUUGCACGCGUUGGAACAUGUAUUCUAUAGCUUCAAUACACACACACAUCUCGGGACGACAGUACAUGCGCAAUAGCGAAAAUGAGACUGAUAUUCUAUUGUAC